CGGCCCGCGCACAGCGACCUCCGCCGGGUCGGCGCCGCUCCGGGCUGCGCGAGGCGGCGUGGCGGGCACCACGGGUCCGCGCCAUGUAACAUUGUGCUGCAAGUCAAUCAAUACAGUAAUUUAAGUCCUUUCAACUAUAAUGGAAAAGUAUGAAAAAUUAGCUAAGAUUGGAGAAGGGUCCUAUGGGGUUGUAUUCAAAUGCAGAAAUAAAACCUCUGGACAAGUGGUAGCUAUUAAAAAAUUUGUGGAAUCUGAAGAUGAACCAGUUGUUAAGAAAAUAGCACUAAGAGAAAUACGUAUGUUGAAGCAAUUAAAACACCCAAACCUUGUGAACCUCAUUGAGGUAUUCAGGAGAAAAAGGAAAAUGCAUUUAGUUUUUGAAUACUGUGAUCACACACUUUUAAACGAGCUGGAAAGAAACCCCAAAGGAGUUGCUGAUGGAGUGAUCAAAAGUGUAUUAUGGCAAACACUUCAAGCUCUUAAUUUCUGUCAUAAACAUAACUGUAUUCACAGAGACGUAAAACCUGAAAAUAUUCUAAUAACUAAGCAAGGAAUAAUCAAGAUCUGUGACUUUGGGUUUGCACGAAUUCUGAUUCCAGGAGCCGCCUACACCGAUUACGUGGCAACACGGUGGUACCGAGCUCCUGAACUUCUUGUGGGAGAUACGCAGUACGGUUCUUCUGUAGAUGUGUGGGCCACUGGUUGCGUUUCUGCAGAGCUUCUGACGGGCCAGCCACUCUGGCCUGGAAAAUCAGAUGUGGACCAGCUUUAUCUGAUCAUCAGAACACUGGGAAAACUAAUCCCAAGACAUCAGUCUAUCUUCAAAAGUAACCAGUUUUUCCAUGGCAUCAGUAUUCCUGAGCCAGAAGACAUGGAAACUCUUGAAGAAAAGUUCUCAGAUGCUCAUCCCAUGUCUUUGAAUUUCAUGCAGGAGUGUCUGAAGAUGAAUCCUGAUGACAGAUUAACCUGUGCCCAACUCCUGGAGAGCCCCUACUUUGAUUCUUUUCACGAGGACCAAAUUAAAAGAAAAGCACGUACUGAAGUAAGAAACAGAAGACGCCAGCAGAAUCAACUGUUGCCUCUCAUACCAGGAAGCCACAUCUCCCCCACACCUGAUGGAAGAAAACAAGUCCUCCAGUUAAAAUUUGAUCAUCUUCCAAACAUUUAGGAAAAUGUUCUUUCAAGUGGAAAGUAAUUUAAUAUGUACACAUUUUUGUACAAAAGAGAUAGGAAUUCUCAGUGUUUCAAAUGCAAAUGAGCCAUAUGAAAAUUAAGAUGCCUUCUAGAAUUGUUUUGCUCUGAUCAUUACUGAUUCCUCUGCCCGUGCUUUUUACAUGCCAACUUUAUCUUUUAGAACAUUUUCUUUAAAUGUUAUAGAGUCUGAAACUGCACAUAUGGAGGAGACAUUUCCAUUUCAUCAGAGCAGCCCCUCCCGAGGCAAUUUAUAGUGAGAGUUUGUGGGCUUGUACGUUGAUUGUUGGAAAAGAUUUACAUAUGUCAUUUUGGUUUACCUGACCACAUAAUGUCUUAGAGCAUUAUCAAAUAGCUUGCCUAGCUGUUUUUGUGUAAGGAAUGACAUUAUGUUUCUGCAUUUUAAUUCACGCUUAUUGUAACCAAGUCUGUUGAGUAAUGCUGAAUUUUAUAUUGGUGUAGGAAGGGAACCUUGAAAUGUCAUGUAGGUUUAUCCCUCGAUUCCAGGGCAGACUCUACUUUGUCUCAUGAGACACUGACGAUUCUAAUUUUAAAGCAAGUCAGAGAAAAUUCCAUACAUUUACAUAGCAAAUAAGGAACUACAAGGAAUUACCAUCCUCAUGACAUAAUGCCCUAUGAUAACCGACUGCUGACUCUAAUGCUGUCCUUUGGAACAUCAUCGUUUCUUAUUCUUUUUCCUGGCUCGAUCAUCUCAGUACCUAGAUGUAUCCUGUUGGGUGCGUGUCCUAAAUAUUUAGUUCACAGUCGAUAUUCUUCCAAACCUUUGAAUCCAUAGCCUGUGUGAACUUGUGCAGCCCUAAACUUGUGUAUCAUGAGCAGAUCAGGUUUGUAAGUGCUUCCAACAACAGAAAGAUUGUCGUUCAGUUAACUUCUUUGUGUCUCCCACCAAAAAGAGGAAGCAAACAAACAAAACACCACAGUAGGUAAGCCCCGUUUACACUGGGAUAUUUUCCCAAGUACACUUGACAGAUACACCUAAAUACAUACAUACAUAUGUACACAUAUAUACAUAUAUGUUUAUAAGUUUUGAAACAUCAUGAUAGAUGCCUUUUAUCUUAGACAUCAAAGAAUGAGGCAGUCUGUUUAAGGGGCUUUUCGUUUGCUAGCAAGGAACUCAUAUAAAAUAAUAGCAUGGGGUUGUCUAUCACUGCCUGGCAUAAAGGCACAAAAUAGUGAUGUUUCAAUAACUAUUAAGAUUAUUUCAUUAACUCUUUUCUGCUCCUGGGUCUGGCAUGCUUACCUGAACGUUGUCAAAUUUUGCAAAUACACAUAAUUCCAAGAAAUGCCAUGUAUCUGGCACUAUACGCCAAGCAUAAAUUGUUUUUAGGAAAUCACACUAACAUCUUCUGUUCACCUCUAAAAGUUUAUUGCACUUAUAAACAUGGCUGUGGAAACUGCUAGAGAAUCUUGUUCAGUUAUUCGGGAGGAGCAUCUCUUUACUUAGGAAUUAUGGCAUCUCAACAGGGGUUUCUUGCUCACUGGAAGGACAUUCUAAAUGGGCUUAUUUGGCCAUUUAACAUGCUUAGUGUGACUCUAAGCUUCUUUGGUCUUCCUCUUGUCAUUUUAUCAUCAAGAAUGUGCCUCUUCAGAUUUGUAUGUUUCUUGCGUUUUUAAUUAAAUGAUGCCACAGGAGCAAGGAAAAUGAGAAAUAAAAGAUAAACGGCAACUUCGCUGAAAGAUUUCUUUUUAACUUCCAUAGUGUUUUUAUCA